GAACCAUAAAUAGGUCACGAAAAUGGCGUUGCAGGAACAGUACGACACUGCGCUGCUAGGAAUCCUUCAAAAUGAAGGGUCUUUGGCGAAUUUCAUUGAUGUUAUAAUGGGGUUUCUUUAUAGAAGGACUGAUUUCUACAGGAUCAUGAAGAGCAAGGAAGAUAAGCUAGGCUUCCCAGAAGGCAUUGCUGUACAGCACGUUCUCAGGGCCUAUCAGAAAUAUGCAGAUAAAGCAAAAAAAGAUGAAGAGAAAAGACAAAAAUUGAUUGAAGCCAAACAAAGAUUGAAGGAACAAAAAAUGGGGGCUAUUACAGAAGAAGCAGAAGAACAAAAUGGGGAUGAGGUCUCCAGUCCAAAGCCCCAGGACACUCCAAAUGAGCCCUGUUUACCACAGGUAGCAGAAGAGGUGACAGUUGACACAGGACAGGGUGACCACGGCCAGGAGGAGAUGGCAGAGGCAGCAGGAGAUGUGAACAUGGAGGAACAAGACGAGGAUCUAGAACAGACAAGAAUGCAGAAGAUCUUCCAGUCCAACCCAGAGAGUUAUAACGGUGCUAUCAGAGAUAGGUACAGUUGGACACAGUCAAUAACAGACUUAGAUGUGAGAGUGAAGGUGCCAAAUUUCAUACUAAAGGGUAGAGAUGUAAAAGUUGACAUCCAGAAAAAACAUCUCCAUGUGGCGUUCAGAGACCCAGAUGGCAUGAUGGUAGAUGUCAUCAAUGAAGAUCUAACUUGGGACAUAAAUAAGCAGGAAUCAAUAUGGACACUUGUGCCAGGGCAGCAUGUGCAUAUAAACUUAGAAAAAGUUCAAGAAAGAUGGUGGGAAGCAGUUUUAGUCGGGGAACCCAAAAUUAGCACGCGGAAGAUUGACCCUUCUCGUCCAAUCACUGACCUAGAUGAAGAAGCACAAUCCAAAGUUGGAGAGAUGAUGUACAAUGAACAAAGAAAGAGGAUGGGACUGCCCACCAGUGAGGAACAGAAAGUCAAUGAUAUGCUGAAGAAAGCAUGGGAUGCUGAGGGUUCCCCAUUCAAAGGACAGCCUUUUGAUCCAUCUAAGAUAAAUGUUUCAGGAAACACUAUGACAUUCAACAACUAGUAUUAUGAACAGAAAUGUGUGCCAUAUAUUGUACAUGUGUUAUAAGUUGGUUUGUACUGUUGUAGUCUAGGUUCUCUCUAAGAGAUAAUGAACUGCAAAGUGCAUUAAAAUUUUUAAAUGGGCUUCAUUUUAGGUGCCCUGAAUCAUUUUUGUUUUAGAAUGAGAAAUGUCAUUCAUAAAACUGAGUUCAGUCUGUUAAAUUUAUGCCAAAUGCUUAUCAGGAAAUUAAGUGUAAAAUGUUUUACUGCUUUUGGACAAAUUAAAUAUCAGUUUCAUUGAAAAUGUUGAUAUGGUUGAAAUUAUCUACAUAUUGGAUAUGAAUAGAUUUAUCCUUGAGUAAACCCUGAAAUAGUAAUUGUUAUGGAUAAAUUCUGUUCUGGCAGCGGCAGUUCUAGGGGCAGACUAAGCCCACAUGAAUUGUUAUUUGUAUUUGAAUGUACUUUUGUCUUACACACAAGCUGUAUGAUAAAUCUUUGAAUUAUUAAAACUGUUAUGAAUUUUCAGAAUGAUUUUGUUAUAACAAACUUUUUUAUUUUAAUUAAUUAAUUCUUUUUACAAAAUAAUUCAUAAAUUUUGGUGACUGUUAUUUUCCUAAGCAGAAAACCAUAAAUGUUGAGUGAACCAUGUCUUCAUUUUAACCACUAGAAAUAUAUUUACUGUGGUUCCUGAAACUGUGUGUGUGUGUGUGUGUGUGUGUGUGUGUGUGUGAAAACUUAUUAAUAAAAUAGCUUAUUUUUUCAUAUCCAAUUAAAAUGGAUUUGAGCAGAGUGAAUUUUCAAAUGUAAAUCAAAUGAUUAAAUAUUUAGUUCUAGUUGGUGUUUGAAGAUGAAAACUUAUUUGAUUCCAUCUAAAAGGACUAAUUCUAGUGAAAUGAAAUACUAAGUAAAUAUUGCCAUGCUUGUAACUUGAUGAAAUAAGUAAAUAUAUGACAUCAUUUGCUGUAUAACUACCUAACAAUGCAUUACAGGUGUUAAAUUCAUAUUGACUUCUGCCUUUGAUUAUUGUUACAAUGUCAUAUCUGAUAAUCUGUUAAACAAACAAAACGAAAAGGGAAUUUUGAAAAGUU